GUUUCAUGUAAUAAUUCAGUUACGUACAUUAUUAUAUGUGUAAAUAUAUUAUUUGUUAUAUCAUGGCUGACAAACGAGAAAGUACAAGGGUUAAAGACCAACGUAAAAUUAUGGAUGAAGCUGCUCGUAGACGUCGCAUUAAAAAAGCUUUAGAGGCAUUGGAGCAGGAUAAUUAUCAUGAGGAUCCUCAUGCAAAUCUAGUAAUGCAUAAAAAUGCUCCAAAAUUUCAAGAAACUACCAUUGAAAAUAAGCGACGUAAAAAAUUAAAAACUGAACCUUUUAAACAAAGAUUCCGGAAGAAUUUUACAGCUUUGCUGGAAGAGGAGGAGCAAUAUUUUACAAAAGAUAAAACUAAUUAUUUAACAGCUAAAGUACCACCUUCAAAAUAUCCAGAAAGACAUUUCUGUGCUGUUUGUGGAUUUGAUUCUAAUUAUACUUGUGUUCAGUGUGGUACUCGUUACUGUAAUGUAAAAUGUUGUGCUGUUCACCAAGAUACUCGUUGCUUAAAGUGGACAGCCUGAAUUUGGUUUUAUUUAUUUUAGAUUUUUUUGUGUUUUGAUGCUUUUCCAUUAUGCCCCUGCAACUUUUUUCGGCUUCUGUGAAAGAUAAGCCAAACAUACGACAAGACCCAACACCUGUAACUAGAAAUAAAUACGCUGCCUUUUAUCAACCAUUUUUAUAAAAUAGAAAUGGUUUACAAUUUAAAAAAAUGUGGUGUUUUGUUUGGCUUCUCUUUCAUAGGUGCAAAGAAGGUGGCUAGUGCAUAAUGGAAAUGUGUCUUAGUUUUCUUUUGAAGUCCAGAGGGAAGUUUUUGUGUGAAAUAUUUUUGUAAUGUAUGAGUGUAAAAUAAAAUAGACUUAUUAUAAAUGUGCUA